CCCGCUCCCCCCUCCUCCUCCUCCUCCUCCAGCUCACGGCUCCGCUCCCUCCCUCCUGCCGUCCGUCCCCCUCGCUCAGCCUCUCCACAUCGCGGCUCCGGCACCUGAAGGGACGCGGGCGGGCGCGGGCAGCUCCGACCGGCGGCGGCGGGGCGGGACGGGCAGCCCGGCGGCCUCCGAUGGCCCCGCCGUGAGAGGCCGGACCCGCGGCGGGGACCAGCAGCGUCCUCACAGGUGCCUUGAGAAGACAAAUGCUCUUGGCGCUCCCCGUUUAUGGAGGAGGACACCGAGCUCAGAGAGAUAGGCAGUUUUCCUGAAGUCACACAGCUCGUGGGUAGCAGAGCUUGGAUUUGGAGCCAGGUCUUUCUGAGCACACAGAAACAAAGGAUGUGGCCCAGUGCCUGGUGUUGGCAGGACCUCCAUCCCGCUCCCAGCUAAAGGAGGACAUAGCAGGGCAGCUCAUUCUGCUGUAGCCCAGAAGGCCGGCCAGUCCCUCUCCUGCUGCCUCUCUUGAACGCCCAGCAUCCCUCUCCAGAGCAGAAUGGUAGCCAAGGCCCAACAAGGGGAGGAAGGAAGUGGCCCAGCCAGAACUGGGAGAAAUGGCCCAGAUUCCUGUUUCUGUCCAGGGCAUUUGGAGGGGCUGAUCUGUGUCCCCACUGGCAGAGGCCACUUGGGGAGGGGGUUAGCCUAGCCUAGGUGGGGCCAGGGGCAGACAGGGGAGGAGGGGAGAGCCAGAACACAGCCUGUUACACAUUACAUCUGCCCUCUACAUCUGGGAUUAGGUUGGGCAGGAAGCCUCUGGGAAAUGUGGGCUGGUCCCAACCCAUUUGAAACAGUGGCGGUGAAGAUGAUGGGUAAAUGGGUCUCCUCAUUUUACAGAAGAGAAACAGACCCAGAGGGGAGUGGGGCUGGCCUGGGCAGGCCAGUGAGGAGGCCUGACCUGGACUCACACGAGGUCAUGCAGGGAGUUGGGCAGAGCAGGGCCUGACUCCCUUUCCAGUGCUCUCCCCAGAGUGCCCCUUGGCGGCCUCCUCAUGAGUCCCUCCUCACAGCUGGGUGAGCUCUGAUGGGGGCCCGGGAGUGGAGGGGAACCCCAGGCCUCCUCCUUCCUCCCAGACAGCUGGGGCUCUGGGCGCUGUGUGUGGUGGAGGCAGCCUGGUCUCUCUCAGAGGCUCCCGGGUGGCGCCGCCCACCCAGCACCCUGGACAGCGCCCCACGCUGGGCUAUCCCUGUCUGUCUCCAGGCUUCACUUUGGCUUCUGGGGUGGGCCCUGCUCCAAUUAGGCUGCGUCUGUUGACUUCCUCGCCUCCUCUCUUAACUCCUCCUUGAAGAUAGCCUCCCAGCCUAGUUCUCUCCAUUAACCACAAAGGUCUAGAGGAGUCCCCGGAGCAGCCAGGACAGGCGGAAGCAGUGGCUGCCAUGGAGGAGGACAAGCUCUUAUCUGCAGUGCCUGAGGAAGGAGAGGCCACCCGUGACCCCGGUCCAGAGCCUGAAGAGGAGCCAGGGGUCCGGCAUGGGAUGGCCAGUGAGGGCCUGAACAGCAGCCUCUGCAGCCCAGGGCACGAGCGAAGGGGCACCCCAGCGGACACUAAGGAACCCACGAAGGACCCAGAUGUGGCCUUCCAUGGCCUCAGCCUUGGCCUCUCUCUCACCAAUGGCCUAGCCCUGGGGCCAGACUUGAACAUUCUGGAAGAUUCAGCGGAGUCCAGGCCCUGGAGGGCUGGCGUGCUGGCAGAGGGGGACAAUGCUUCCAGGAGCCUCUGCCCAGAUGCUGAGGACCCUCAGUUGGGGUUGGAUGGUCCCGGGGAGCCAGAUGUGCGGGAUGGCUUCAGCGCCACGUUUGAGAAGAUUCUGGAGUCAGAGCUGCUGCGGGGCACCCAGUACAGCAGCCUCGACUCCCUAGACGGGCUGAGCCUCACGGAUGAGAGCGACAGCUGCGUCAGCUUCGAGGCCCCCCUCACACCCCUCAUCCAGCAGCGGGCCCGUGACAGCCCCGAGCCAGGGGCUGGGUUGGGCAUUGGGGACAUGGCGUUUGAGGGGGACAUGGGGGCAGCUGGUGGUGAUGGGGAGCUGGGCAGCCCCCUGCGGCGCUCCAUCUCCAGUAGCCGCUCUGAGAAUGUCCUGAGCCGCCUGUCUCUCAUGGCCAUGCCCAAUGGAUUCCAUGAAGAUGGCCCUCAGGGCCCAGGGGGGGAUGAGGAUGAUGAUGAGGAGGACACGGACAAGUUGCUGAACUCAGCCAGUGACCCCAGCCUGAAGGAUGGCCUGUCAGACUCAGACUCUGAGCUCAGCAGCUCGGAGGGGUUGGAGCCUGGUAGUGCAGACCCUCUGGCCAACGGGUGCCAGGGGGUCAGUGAAGCUGCUCAUCGGCUGGCACGCCGUCUCUACCACCUCGAGGGCUUCCAGCGCUGUGAUGUGGCCCGGCAGCUGGGCAAGAACAACGAGUUUAGCAGGCUGGUGGCCGGGGAGUACCUCAGUUUCUUCGACUUCUCGGGCUUGACUCUGGACCGAGCACUCAGAACAUUCUUGAAGGCCUUCCCGCUGAUGGGGGAGACACAAGAGCGUGAGCGGGUCCUCACACACUUCUCCCGCCGGUACUGCCAGUGCAACCCUGAUGACAGCACUUCGGAAGAUGGGAUCCACACGCUCACCUGUGCCCUGAUGCUGCUCAACACGGACCUGCACGGCCACAACAUUGGCAAAAAGAUGUCCUGUCAGCAAUUCAUUGCCAACUUGGACCAGCUGAAUGAUGGCCAAGACUUUGCCAAAGACCUGCUGAAGACCCUUUACAACUCCAUCAAGAAUGAAAAGCUGGAAUGGGCCAUUGAUGAGGACGAGCUGAGGAAAUCCCUGUCUGAGCUGGUGGAUGACAAGUUUGGGACAGGCACGAAGAAGGUGACGCGAAUCCUGGAUGGUGGCAACCCCUUCCUGGAUGUCCCACAGGCGCUCAGUGCCACCACCUACAAGCACGGCGUCCUGACCCGGAAGACUCACGCUGACAUGGAUGGCAAGAGGACGCCCCGUGGGAGGCGUGGCUGGAAGAAAUUCUACGCAGUGCUCAAAGGGACCAUCCUGUACCUGCAGAAGGAUGAGUACAGGCCUGACAAAGCUCUAUCGGAGGGUGACCUGAAGAACGCCAUUCGCGUGCAUCACGCUCUGGCCACCAGGGCCUCUGACUACAGCAAGAAGUCCAACGUGCUCAAGCUUAAGACAGCCGACUGGAGGGUAUUCCUCUUCCAGGCACCGAGCAAGGAAGAAAUGCUGUCCUGGAUCCUCAGGAUCAACCUGGUGGCAGCCAUCUUCUCUGCCCCGGCCUUCCCAGCUGCUGUCAGCUCCAUGAAGAAGUUCUGUCGGCCCCUGCUGCCCUCCUGCACCACCCGCCUCUGCCAGGAGGAGCAACUGCGGUCUCAUGAGAAUAAGUUGAGGCAGCUGACUGCGGAGCUGGCCGAACACAGGUGUCACCCAGUCGAGAGGGGCAUCAAGUCCAAGGAGGCCGAGGAGUACCGGUUGAAGGAGCACUAUCUCACCUUCGAGAAAAGCCGUUAUGAGACCUAUAUCCACCUCCUGGCUGUGAAAAUCAAAGUGGGCUCAGAUGAUCUGGAGCGGAUUGAGGCCCGGCUGGCCACUCUGGAAGGGGAUGACCCUUCUCUCCGGAAGACGCAUUCAAGCCCUGCCCUCAGCCAGGGCCAUGUGACUGGCAGCAAAACCACAAAGGAUGCCACUGGGCCUGAUACUUAGCUGACAUGGAUGUGCAGACCCCAGAGGUGGGCAGAUGUCUCCAGUGGGGUCAGUGAGCACAAUUCCAGCCAGGGGCCACUUGGACCAAGCUCCAGUCAGUUGAUGGGCAGCCAGAGGGGUGCAGAAAGCCUGUGGGCCCAGGAGAUGGAGAUGCCGUUUGUGGCGUUGAUCUCCUUGCGUCCUUGGGCAUCUCUGGGCAUCAGACCCUCUCCCUGGCCCUUGUUUUCCUCUCCACCAUGGAGCCUCAUUUUGUAGGCCAGUUGUGUGCAUGCUCUAGACACCACCUCGCUGGAGAAGCUGGAAGGGCUGUUGUCUUCCCAGGUCUUUCUCUUCUCAUCAAGCUCCUCUCCUCAUCUUUUUUGUGUGUGAGGGCAGGUCUUGACUCUAGGUCUCAGCUGGAACCCCACCCUUUCUCCUCCUCCUUCCUCUGAGUUGACCAGCAGCAGGUCUGCCAACCACCAGCACCAUCCUCUCCUCCCAGCAGCCUCCAGAACCAUGCCCAGGUCUCCUGCCUCACAUCACAAUAAUCUGGGACCCAGGCUUGUGCCCUUUCAGUGUCAAGCUGACUCCAUCACAUGUGCAUCCACCUCUUUUCAUCCAUUGAGAUCACACUGCCUCCUUUUUAUACGGACACAAAUAUACAUCUAUAAGAAUAAUAUAUACAUAAGGAACCCCUGAAAGAUGGUUUUGGAACUGAAAUCAGUUGAGGAUGAAAUCAGAUAAACGAAAAGCCUAUUUUGGAGCUUCCCCUGUUAGGAAGGAUGGCUGCACCUGGCCCCCUGGCAGUCCUCCAGGAGGGAAGGGGGAGGCAGUGCUGGCCUCCCUUGCCCUGUUUUUCCCUCUUCCAGCUGACCUGUGACUUAUACUGCUCUUACAGAUGAUACUUUUGGAAAAAAUAGAGCGUGUAUGCACCGCCCCAUUUGUCCCAUGGAUAUCCUGGGGUGUGAGUCGGAUGGGACCACGGCCCUGUUUAUAUUUGGGUCUUUAUGUUGGUGCUGCCAGGUCUCUGAGCUCCAGAGGUGGCCUCUUGGACAGAUCUACUGCUAUAGGAAUAAAAGACACUCUGUCUCGCAAAUGGCCGCUUGUCAACAAGCCCAAAGAUGCUUGUCGGAGGACGGUUAUGGAAGCCAUUAAUUCUUGGUUGUGGGAAAAGGUGGAAUGACAAGUUAUUGAUUGUUUUUCUGUCGCUAUUUCUUUCAUUUGUCUAGUGAAUCAGAAAGGCUUAGCCAAGGCCGCAUCUGGGAAGAGUGGAGAAAUUUGCCACUUGACGAUCACGGAUUAGCUAGCACCUUUAAGCCCUGCAUUUCUCCAACCGACAAGUGGGUGGGGGUGAUGGCACAUUCAGUGUGGCUAUGAAGAGCGAAUCCUCUCUAUUGUUUAAAUAGAUUACUGUAGUUUGGCCAGGAAUUUGGCGUCAUUGGUAACACACUUAGUUAAUAAAAUAAGCCAGGCUUGCAACUAAGUAUCUAACUUUACAGGCCCACUCACAUUUGAAGCAAGGGGCUAUUGAGUAUGUGGAGAGAUGUAGUGAUUUAAAUUCAGAUUAUUUAAGUUGGAUCAGCUGAAGUGUGUUUUAGACCCAAACCAUCUGGCCCCUUCGUUUUGCUCAGAGGAAGUAAAUGUUCACUUAAAUGAAAUUGAAAACGCAAUGUGGCACCACAAAAGAGCUCUUUGUACUUUCCCCAUGCUGCCUCAAAAGUUCUGUGAGUUUCGGGGUCAGUGUCCCACCCUUCACUUCCCGAGGGCGGGUGAGUGGAGAGCAGAGCCAGGAGCUCUGGCAGCUGUGGACAGAUGUGCUUCCUGAGCAUGGGUUGUGCCCCCCAUCAGUAAAAAAAUGUUUAGUUCACUUCCUUAAUUGUAUAAUUAUUUAUUUGUAAAUUAUAUACAUGUACUACUGUACUAAAAUAUUAUGUACAUUAUAAAACAUACACAAAAAUAGAAAUUUAAAAAAGAUGAGAUGAAAAUAAAUCUAAGUCAAAGUUCUAA